AUGACUACGCCGUCACCGUCCAGUGCGCCGUACAAGCACACUGAUUGCAUGCCAAAGCAUCUCCGCCAGGAGCUAGAGGCAUUCGGCUCCACAGCCUGUCUUGAAGAUGGUAUCCUGGUGGAAAAGCAAAAUGUUGUCAGGAACUACGCUGGAAGAACGUUUACUUACACACUCCUACACACCUCAGAACUGCUCAAUGUCAGGUGGUAUCAAUGCACAUCGCGCCGCAACACAUCUCGAGGAGUCCUAGUCGCUGUUGGACCAAGUAUGCCUCAACCCCAAAUCAUCGCACGAUCACCCUCAGGCGCGCCCAAGAGGUUUCGAGUGUGGCAAGGACCAGAGAAGGGAUUCAGGGGGUCCGCCUGGGAGAUCGUGAAGAAUGCUGUGGUGACCGGUGGUGGCGGUCGUUUCGAGAGAGGACCGUUGAGGUCGAACGUGACGGAGUCACAGGCGGGCAGCAAACUAGAGGAUGCAAUCGAUGUCGCAGAAGACGACAGCGAUAUUGAUCCUAAGCCAGGUGCAGGACCGAAGAAAGAGAUGACGUUGGCACCGCCGCCCUCCACACCAGAAUCAAGCACAACAACAACUCUCGUACCUUGCCCUAGUAGCGACGCCGCGCAAGCUGAGGAAGAGGCAUCGGACGACCGCGAACAAAGGCCUCCCAAGCGGAUCAAGCUCGAAUCGAACGACUCGACCACAUCUCAUCACCUUGCUUCACCGCCUGCCGACGAUACGGAUGCAGCCGACAACACCACACUGCAGUCCCAGCUCGGGCCCCUAAGCAAGCAAAUCCUCAAUCUCAAGGUCCGCUAUCUCUCUGCUCCGAAAAACAUCAUCUUUCGCGAGCGUUCGUGGAAAAAUUGCAACUCAUCCGACGACCUCUUCAUGCAAGCCAUAACCGCCAACCUACUGCGGUCUUCAAGCGACAAACGUCCACUGAAAGCCACCAUCAAAUUCUGCGCCAAUGGGGACGACGACAACGGCGAGGAGGACAGGACAGUGGCUGAAGUACGAUUGAUGAAAGGCGAUCCUGCCGACUUUCAGGCAUUGGUAGAUGAGAUUGCUCGCGUGGGUCUGGUCAAGACUGAGGAUGAAGAUGGUGAAGGUAAGGGGCUCGAGGGCAUGUAUAUCGAGGUGCGUGUUCUUUGA